UUUCCCCCCUAUACAAUACAAGAUCUUCCUUCCUCAGUUCUCUUAAAUCACAGCCCAGGGAAACCUCCUCAGAGCCUGCAGCCAGCCACGCGCCAGCAUGUCUGGGGGCAAAUACGUAGACUCCGAGGGACAUCUCUACACUGUUCCCAUCCGGGAACAGGGCAACAUCUACAAGCCCAACAACAAGGCCAUGGCAGACGAGGUGAAUGAGAAACAAGUGUACGACGCGCACACCAAGGAGAUAGACCUGGUCAACCGGGACCCCAAGCAUCUCAACGAUGACGUGGUCAAGAUCGACUUUGAAGAUGUGAUUGCAGAACCAGAAGGGACACACAGCUUUGAUGGCAUCUGGAAGGCCAGCUUCACCACCUUCACUGUGACAAAAUAUUGGUUCUACCGCUUGUUGUCUACCAUCUUUGGCAUCCCUAUGGCGCUCAUCUGGGGCAUUUACUUUGCCAUUCUUUCUUUCCUGCACAUCUGGGCAGUUGUACCAUGCAUCAAGAGCUUCCUGAUUGAGAUUCAGUGCAUCAGCCGCGUUUAUUCCAUCUAUGUCCACACCUUCUGUGACCCACUCUUUGAAGCUAUUGGCAAGAUAUUCAGCAAUAUCCGUAUCAACAUGCAGAAAGAAAUAUGAGUGACAUUUCAGGGAUGGAAGUUUUCUCAAUUCUUUUUUUUCCUUAUUAUUUCCUUGGUGCCAAUUUCAAGUUUCAAGUUGCUAUCACAGCAGCAAUUUAUCAAUGGUUUGUCUGGUCCAGAACAAAGAAGUCAUUCGCUCAGUUUUCCUAUGCACUACUUAUCUCUUUUGAGCUACUGUGUCUAUUUUUGACAGUCUGAAAUGUUUAAACCCACUCCCACCCUCUCUUUGCAUGUGGAUCAUUGUUUGAUUGGCUAAAAUACAAACAUAUUGUUGAGAGAGAAAAAUAGUUAGAAUUGGGGUGGGGUGGGAAUGGAAAAAGAGGACCACCAACCUCAACUGCCCAUUCUAAAAUGAUGAUGUCAUAGAAGAGGAAGAAUUUCAGGCUAAGGCCUCACGUCCAGGGACAUGACGGCAGGUUUUAAACAGAUACUUCCUCAGCCAUCUGAGGAGUUAGCUGUUGACAUUACUCCUAACAAUCACAACCUAGUGGGAUCUAGUGACCACUGUUGACUUGGAGACAAUAAUCUUCAUGCUCAUGGUAUCAGUAAUGUCUUAUUCAUCUUGACAUUUUAACCCAUUAUCUUGUGUACCUGAAUAUUUGUUAUUACAUAUAAUAAGACCUGGGUGCCUUCUAUUUUUCCAUGUUUCCUUUUCAAAGAGGUUCUAACUCAUCAGCUCUCAUUAUUCUAGCAGCUUUCCUAAAAAACAAAACAUAGAAAAUCCACUUGCUAGUUCUCUAUACUUGUUUCUGACUCUGUGAUACAGAACCUGUUGAAAUUGAUAUCUGUCCUUUGUCAUGUAGCAUCUUUCUCUAUGUCAAGCCUGGUCAACAUUAACCCAAAGAGAUGAUUUAAAGCAGGCAAAUGGGGCUGAGCUCUGUCUGGGCCGGCAGGAAUGGAAGCCAGCUUUCCCUGCCUCUCAGCAACGGAAUGAGGUCAGCAUAUCUAUUCAACUUCACUUAUUUUCAAGAACUACCACACUUUCCUGAAUCGAAACUAAUUAAUCACUGGGAUGGUUUAGUGGCUCGACAUUGUGCUCCCUUCCCAGCUGAUCAGUGAGCCUCCAGGGAGGGCUAUCAAAAGGAGGCUGCCAAAAUGAGACCGCCAAAGCUGUUGCAAGCAUGAUGCCUUCUAUGCAUAGUGCUUGCAAUAGUCUGUAAUGCUGUGACACGUGACCCCUCCCCCUGCCGGGAGCCUUUGGACUAAUCUAAGCAUCACUUUGCUCAGAGAGAAGAUGGGGGAGGGCAGCAAUAAAAGCUUGAGGUGAUGUUCUUGCUGGAAUAAGUUCUAGUUCUUCUGAACCCAAACUGAGGAAUUUCACCUGUAUACCUGAGUCCCUCCUGAAAGCUGCCUACCUGAGACACCCAGAAGCUUUUUAGUCCCCCACUCACAUUUCAGCUCUGCCCUGGGGGGUAUUUUUUUUUUAAUUCCAGGUAGGCUUUUCUUUUAAUUUUCAUACAUUUAUUGAAAUUCUGCUUGACUUUUGUUUCCUCCCUCCGUUCCGCUGACACUUUAACUACCAACCUGCUACCUGCUUUGAUUGUUUGCAUUGGAAACAGACACUGGCAUGGACACAGUUUGACUUUUCAACUGUGUACAUAACUGAAGAUGUGCUGUACUGCAGACUUGUAUAAAGAUAAUCUUUAUCUUUAUACUUGGGAAAUGGUUCUGCGAUUCAGUCUAUAAACUGUAUGUCCUAAGACAUGUCUGUUCUUCUAGAUGCUUGAUCUCAUGUAAGUCAGUUGCUGGUUCAAAAAGUUACUGAAAUUUUAUAUGCUUACUGAUAUAUUUUACACUUUUUUAUGCUGCAUGUCCUAUAAAGAUUUCAAACCUGCACAAUAAAAAUGUUUAACAGUUAAA